CUCCACUCCCCUUUCCUCCUAGAGAAACUUCCACAAAUGGAGUUGAAACAAGUCCUACCACAGAGGUAAAUGACUUGGAAAAAGAAAUCCCCACAUGUGUGGAGGAUGAUGAGUGUUAUAAGGAUAUUCAAGCUGUGUAUGAUCAAUUGCAUUUGCAAUACCUCAAGCAACAAGAGAAGGUGCUCUCCUUGAGUGAUCGGGUCAACUCAAGUGAAGAGGAGACAAGAGCCCUUCAUUUGGACUUGGUGAAGUUGAAGGGCCAAUUUUUGGCCUAG